GAAAAGAGCAACAACAGACCAUGUGAGCUGAGUUUUUGCAGGAUAUAUAAAGCCUGGAUGCUGCAGCUGUAAGUGUAGUUGCCAGUUUUGCUCAUGUCGAUCGAAAUUUGAUCAACGCUUAAAAGAUUUGUUCGUAUGUUCCUAAUGAGUUAUCAGCGAGAUACAGCGGUGUAUUAUGCGCUUAUCCUUACAGUUACGUGUACCGAUAUGCCUUAUUAGCGUUUGAUGCAACAGUGCAAUAGUCGGCAAACGAGGUUUCUAGUGCACAAACCCGGUGCCAUACAGGCUACAGUAAUUGCUACUUGCUGCUACUGCGUACUUUUAUUGCGAUCAGAUUCAUUGCCAUCUGAAUCCAGAUUGCGUGCGGUUUUGCGAGGAAUGGUACUUGAAGAAAAUUGUUUUCUGUCGCCAGUGUUUAUACAUCGGUGUACCAGUGCUUGUCAUCUAACGCACGCACGGACCGCAUUUACAAGCGGCAGCUUGGGAAAAGUUUAACAGUUCAACCAACCCGUCAAUACAAUCUUUACUAUUUCCAUUGGUUUACUUCACUAUAGAAUACAUUCUGUACUCUUUAUAUACAGAAUCGAUUUUUAUAUGAUCUGAGCUUCGGCGGUGGCGGCGGCUAAACUAUGGUUUUGUUUGAGAUGUGUGAUUACGCGGAUCUGAGGGGAAGUGAUGUAGUAGUGGAAAAGUAUGCCGUGAUGGAUACCGUGCUUCCCUCGCUGGAAACGAAACCCGCGACACUACCGCGUGCUAAUGAGGAAUUUGGCGCUCUGGAAUUAGACCACAUUGUCAGUCCUAUUGAAAUCACCGUGCUGCAGCUACUCCCGGAUUUCGAUGGGACAUUCGCGGAUAUUACGUCCGAGAAUGGAAUGCAGGAUGAUAUCGUUUCCUAUACGUCAGAGGAGUUGUUUGAUCUGCAGAAGGAUAUUAUUAUGGAUGAGGAGAAUGCCGAGCUGACAGAGGAAUUUCUACAGGAGCCCUGUUUAUUACCGGCGCUGGGCAUUUCGCCGGCGGUCGUGCAGCGGAUCCGUUCCGAUUCCCUUGGCAAGUCGGAUUUUUUAAAGAAGAAAAAAGAGGAUGACGACACAGACACGGAUAGCUUAUGGGAAUCCUGUGUCCCCACCCUACUCGGUCGGCGCUCCCCGCGACUCUCCCUUUCGCUGGAUGGAUUCAUCGUGCUCCGGGACUAUAAAAUCUCUCCCGAUACAUUAGGCGGCGGAAAGCUUAGCGAAGUGCGUCUCGCCUACUGUGAGAAGGACCGCACCCAGUAUGCCGUUAAGAUCCAUUCCAAAAUGAAACUGCAGAAUUACAAUUUGCUAUUACGGACUUCGCGAAACCCCUUGGAGGAAGUCUAUAGAGAAAUUGACAUCCUGAAAAAGCUGGAUCAUCCAAAUAUCAUUCGGCUUAUUGAAGUUGUUGACGAGGCUGACGAUGAUAAUAUUUACAUGGUCUUCGAACGGUUGGACCACGAGCUUAUGAACAUUCCCUCAGAUACCCCGUUUGGUGAAUCUGAAGCACGAAAAUAUUUUAAAGAUAUUUUAUUUGGUGUGGAAUGUAUGCACCAGCAAAACAUUGUUCACCGGGAUCUAAAACCAGAAAACAUGCUGGUUUCCCGUGACGGUCAAAUAAAGAUUGCUGAUUUUGGCUUUUGCGAAUAUCUUUGUCCCGAUCCGAAUGGAAGCGAUGAGAUGAUGGCGUUAUGCAUUUCGGGUACACCGGCAUUCACCCCACCGGAAUGUUUAAAUAACCAAAAAACCCUUGUGCCUGGACGUGGACUAGAUAUGUGGUCACUAGGAGUGACCUUAUAUGCACUGUUAACUGGGAGUGUCCCAUUCAAAGGCGAGACCAUGGUGCUACUGCACGAUACUAUUAAAACCUCUGCAGUGGAAUUUCCACCGGGUUUGCAUCUUUCGGAAUCCGUGAAGGAUUUAAUUUGCAAUCUACUCAACAAGAGUCCAUUAAAAAGAUACCGAAUGGACGACGUUAAGCGCCACCCAUGGCUGGAUGAAAAUACUAGUCGACCCGUAAAGCUGUUACUGUCUGUGGGAUCAUUUAAUGAAUCGGUGGAUGAGGUUUAAGGCAGAUAUGUUUUUGGAUGAAGAUUCGUAUGUUUUCUCCUUUGCAAUUUGCACACAGUAAUAAUUUCUCAAUUUCCUAGUCACAUCUAUUUUUAAAUGUUUUUGCUUACUGUUUUACGCUGUAAAAAGCUGCAGUUUUUGCGCAGAAUAUUUUUACAUGUUAGGCGUGUGCUCAGUGAAGAACGUUGAUGCUGUAUUAAUCCCUUUGCGCUUUCGCAUUUAUCUGAAUGUGAACCGGUGUAGAUGGUUGUGUUAAAUAUCUUUAAUUCUGCUGCACAGUGCACAGUCUGAAUAAGUGACUUCACAGUUUGUGAUAAUAUGGAAUAAAAAAGCGCUACUGUUGAA